AUGCGCCUUUUCUCCAUCACCCGGGCAUCCCACACUGCCGAAUCACUUGCGCUUAGAAGAUCAAGUAGACCUGUAUCCUCUAAUAGGACCCCUUGGGACACAAGACUUUCAAGAGAAGAUAGUCCCAGCAACCCUUUUGGACCUACUAGGUACUCUAUUGAGCAAUCCUCUCCUGAGGAGCUAGUGAUUCCCCAACCUAUCCAACCCUAUGAAUCACCCAUCAAGCCACUUGCUUCCAUGCCAGCCUUGGAAGACCCUCAAACAGGACCUAGUAGCUCAAGAAGAAUAUCACCCCACUCUCAUAAGUCAUCAUCCAGACACUCUCCAAGAUUGUCUCCUUUGGAAUAUGAAGCUAGUCAGGAAGCAAACAAGCUAGCUAAGCCAAGUUCUUCUAUAAGGAAACCUUCACCUUUUGGUAAUAAGGCUAGCUCAGCUACCUUCCAGAGGAUGAUACCUGUAUUUGGACUCCCUGAUAUAGAGAUGUUGGAACCUUCCUCUAGUAAACCUCAGCCCUCUGAGCCUAUGAACUCUCAUGAGCUUAAGAGAUCUAAAGGAAAGACUUCUGAAGCCCACAUAUCUAAGCAUAGGGAAACUCAAGCUGCCUUACUGGAUCCUAAUGAUAGGUCUUUUACUAAUGACCCAGCAAUCCAGAAGUACCUACCCUAUUCUCCUUCCACUACCUUAUACCCUUUAAAUGAAGAAUCUCCAGGAGAAUUCAACUAUCAGCCUGACUGUACCCAAAUGACCUCUUGGUGCAGGAAGAACCCUCAAGCUAAUAGUUUUAGGAAAGUCUACAGGCAGCUAGGAAGAGUAUUCUAUCAUGUGGAGAUACCUCCAGCCCAUGAGAAUUGCUACCCCUCACCUUCUUGUGAGCAAUGGGCUUCUCACUACUUCAAACUACUAGAUACUGUAGUAACCUUUAGACCUACAUGUUGCAUUACUACCAAGUUAGUUCCUGCUCAAGAAAUCAACCAUUGGCCUGAAUAUGGUAAGUUACACAUAGACCUGAAUAAACUAAUCAAGAGAACUGUUCAUAGCGUCUAUGACAUGGAGGAGCUAUUGCCCAUUCCUGAAUGGCCAGAACAUGACUGUUUAUUCACCUCUCAUUCCUUUGAGGUAGCUGCUGUCACUUAUAGGGAUCAGAUGGAGCGUUUCAUUCAGAAGCUAUAUGAGAUCCUUGGUAGACAACUUCAGACUGGACCACCUUCCCCAGUCAUCUCUGCAGGACAUCUCAGUGAGGUAGAACCUGGACAAGAACACCUUAGGGAUAGGACCCUACAACUCAAGCAAGAUAUGACCCUUUUAGUGCCCAAAAGUUCUAGAGCCUCUUCUGUCACUCCACAGGAGGCGGCUCAAGAAAACUUACUAAGGAGUCUUAUCAAACCCACUAGUCAAGUUACUAUUGCUAGUCCUUUACUUCCAGAUCCUCAAGUUUCUCCUCCAACUGUAACCCUGCACACCUCCAGUAGCACUCCUCCAGGACAACCUCCUAGUAGUCUUCAUUCAUCCAAAGCCUCUCUUACUGUUACUAUGCAACCUAGGUAUUUAGGACCUGAUAAUGGAACCACACUUAUUCCCUCAGAACCUUUAUCAUCACCUCCUAGCUCUAUUGCUACUUCUUCCUCUAGAUCUAUACCCUUAGGAAGAAUACCAGAAGAGUCACCCCAUGUAACAUUACAAGUCCCACCUACCUUAGAAAGGACUGAGAGACUUAGGAGAGAAGCUGCUAGAUCUCUAGGACCUAGACCACCUACUCCUAGACCCACUAUAGUCCCUUCCACUAGUUCAGAAGAAACCUUACCGUCAUCACCUAGAGGUAAUGCAAGUGUUCCUAUUGCCCAACCUUCAGCUAUACCUCCUUUCAAUAUACAAGCCCUUGAAGACUACAUCAACAAUCUUUCAGAUGGAAGUAUAGAUGGCUUAAGUUCUUCUGAAUCAUCAACUGGAAGAGACCAAGUAGCCCCAGAACUAAUAGCCCCAGCUACUCCUGCUGAUUCUAUUACUUCUGUCUCAAGUGCUGCUACUCAUACCAUGCAAAUUCCAGUAGCACAGUCUACUCCCAGGAUUAGGAGCCAAGUAGAAGAGGAUAAUGUUAGGAAUAUACCUUAUAAUCCACCUUUAAGCAACGCUGCUAGAAGAGUUAGCCUUGCAGGCCCAAGUAUUCCUCUUAGAGAUCCACCUCCACAUGCUGACUUUAUUAAUCGCAGAUCUUCCUUGGGAGCAAAUUGGCAAUCCUCAGGAAGACCAGCUAUACCAGCUGAAUCCUUUACCAGAGUAUCUACAAUCCCAGAAGAGCGCUCCUCUAGACUAGCUGAAAGUGCCCACAGGAGACCUACCUCCUCUCCUGAAUCAAGAAGAACUCCUCUAAGUAUCCAUACCAAUUUACCUUACUUACAGGAGCCGCCAGCACCAGUUACUAGAGAAGAAGCUAAUAUGAGUAGGAGAGGAAACUUCUUAGCCCCUCUACUAGCACCUGUCCCACAACUUCAAGUACUUCCAGCACCACCCAUUGAUAGGACUAGGUUACCUCCUCAUAUUGUAGGACGUAUGGUCUCCUCUAGAAGGUUUAGUGAGCUGUUUAAUGAUCCACCUCCUAGGGAUCAACUUAGAGAUAGACUAGCUCCCUUAGCUGAAGGAGGAGGAGGAAAUGACCCACCAUAUGAUAGCGAUGAGGGAGAUUUUGAUAACUCUGGUAAAAGAAGGAACAACCCACCCAGAAGGAAUGGAGGAGGACCUCCCAACGACCCAGAAGAUCCAGGAAAUGAACCAUAUGCUCAAGCAAAUGCAGCUAGAGCUAGACCUUUCAAUCCAGCUCCUGUACAUUUUGAUACUAAGCUGAAACCUGACAUAAUCCCAGAGUGGGAUGGAGACACUAAGAAGCUGUUGCGCUGGAUGACAUCCAUCAACAACAUAGCUGAGUAUAGUAGCUACACUAGAAUUCAGCUUGGACAGCAGAUUCCUCUCAGGUUCACAGGAAGAGCUCUUAGAUGGUUCAAUGCAUUAGAUAAGGACUAUAGGCGAAUUAUAACUGAAGACUGGCCAGCACUUAGGCAAGCUAUCACUAUCCACUUCAUGAAUAGGACCUUCCUGAACAGAAGCAAGAAUGAAGCCAUGCGCAUCAGGUUCAGGGAUAAAGAUCAUUCAGAAGAGACUCCAGAAGACUAUGUCAUCAGGAAGAUGGAGGCUCUUACUAUUGUCAGUGACUGGACUGACUCUGAAUUAAUCUUUGAAAUCAUGAAUGGUGCUCCUAAGUCCUGGACCACGCAUAUAGACACCUCAAGAAUAGUCACUUGGGAGGACUUCCUUGACAAGAUUGCAUGGCAUGAGGAGGACCUUUUGGGAAAAGAUUCUUCUCAUAACUCUGACAUACAGCGUCAGCUACAUCAGAUGCAAUCUACUCUCAAGAGACUAGAAGGAAACAGGCACUCUAGGCCAAGUGCGCGCUCACACUUAGCAGGAUCUAAACCAGUAGGAUGGCAUCAAAAUAAUCCUCCACCAAAAUACCCUAAGGAUGACUCUACAGUAUCUAAAGGUAAAACUCCUAAAGACAAGAAAGCUAGACCUUGUAGACACUGUGGAAGUAUGAUGCACUGGGAUAGAGACUGUAAGCAUGCCAAGAAGAACUCCAGAUUUGUGCAAUCACAUAUGGCACAAGCAGAUGAUGAUGAAUGGGAAGCCCAGGAAGCUUAUGAAGAUCUCUGUGAUGAAGCCUACCUUGAUGAAACAGAAUAUGACACUGAAGGAGAAGAGUCUGUUUCUGAGGAAGAGCAGGAUUUUCAUAAGCCCCUUCAGUCAUUAGCUGUCUCUACCUCCAGCGCUAAGCCCAGCUCUGGAUCCCAGGAGGAACAGCAUGGUCUGGAGGGGACCACUGUCAGCCAGGGUACUAACUCUGCUGACCAGGGCAGUAAGGAAUCUGAUUCAUCUGUAUUCUCUGGAUAUGUACAACCCAAGCUCCCCACUAGGAAGAGCCUUAAUAAGAAACUGAAAAUGGCUAGUAGUCAUACAGCUAUUGCCAAAAAUGGAGAAGAAAUCACUCUCAAGCAAUUAAUGUCAAGACCACCAGGAACUGCUUUCUUUGGAUCUAAAGCCACCAUCAUCAAAGGUUGGCUUCAGACAAAUAAUGGACCUAAGAAGCGCAUCACCUUUGACUCAGGAUCAGAGAUCACUCUCAUUAAUGAGUCAAUACUUAAAACUCUAGAUCCAUCACCUAGAGUGCGCAUUGGACAAAAACUCAAGUUAAUUCAAGUUACUGGGAAUAGUAGCUUAUCACAGUAUAUUUCCCUUCCUAUCAUCUUUGAUACUGAACAAGGAUUAGUUAAAAUGAUUGUAGAAGCCUACAUAGUUCCUAACAUGAACACACCUUUUAUCUUAGGAACAGACUUUGCAUCUCAGUAUCAACUGUCAUUAGUUAGGAAUGGAGAUGGAACAAGGAUAGUUUUUGGGGAUACAGGACAUUCUAUUCCUGUGGAAGAAUCAGAUUCCAGCCCAAGAAUUGACCAACAAGGUAAUACCUUUAUGGUUGAAGUUGCGCAAGGAUUCAUCAAGAAUUCUGAGAAAAUCAAGAUCUCUAAGAAAGCCUACAAAAAGCGACUCCAACAUAGGAAAUUACCUCCCAAUACUGUCAAAGUAAAAGUCUAUGAGACAGUUACUAUCCCAGCGCAUACCAUCAAGCUCAUCAAAGUAAAGACAACAUGGAAGGAAGGUCAAGCCUCUGGUUUUAUGGACAGAUCUUUCAAUUCCCAUCGACAAGAAGAACAUCUGUUUGCAAUAACAGACUGCCUGAUAGAUAGGAACAAUCCCAAGAUUCAGGUUUCUAACCUAUCAGAACAUCCUUUAAGAUUGCAAGGAGGAGAAAUUCUUGGAUAUAUGCAUGAUCCUAACAAAUACCUUGCAAAGGAAAAGGACAUUGCUAAGGAAGAAAAAGACAGCAUUAUCAAGUAUGCUACCUUAGUGCAAGCCAUGGUGCAGAGGAAAGCUGAAGAGAAGCCUACUGUGCAAGAAGAGGAAUUAAUGAAGUUGCCUGAAGGAGGACCUAAGACUGCUGAAGUACCUGACCCAGAACCUGUCCCUUCAGAUAGAUUUCUUCAAGAAGUUAAUUUCUCAGAACAUCUCACCCCUAAUCAAAGGGCUAAACUAGAAAAAGUUUUGCGCAAGCAUGAGUUAGCCUUUGGAUUAGAUGGUAGACUUGGUACUCAUAACACUCAACUGGAAAUUAGACUAAGGCCAGGAACUAAAGAAAUAUCUCUAACCCCUUACCAUGCUUCUCCAGCUAAAAGAGAAGUCAUUGACAAGCAGAUUGAGGAAUGGCUUAAACUGGGAGUCAUUGAGCCAUCCAAAAGUGCUUGGGGAUUUCCUGUCAUAGUAGUCUAUCGCAACAGUAAACCCAGACUAUGUGUGGAUUACAGACGUCUCAAUGAAGUAGCUGUACCAGAUGAGUAUCCCUUACCAAAGCAAACUGACAUUUUGCAUGCCUUGGAAGGAUCUCAAUGGCUUACUACCUUAGAUGCGCUAGCUGGUUUCACUCAGCUAACCAUUAAGGAGGAAGACAGAGAGAAACUUGCUUUCAGAUGUCACAACGGCCAUUGGCAACCUACCAAACUACUCUUUGGAUAUAGGAAUGGACCAGCAGAGUUCCAGCGUGUCAUGAAUAGGAUACUUUCAAGAUUUCUAUGGCAAUUUGCCCUAGUAUAUAUUGAUGACAUAGUGAUCUAUAGUGUUAAGUUUGAAGACCAUUGCAAUCACUUAGAUCAAGUCUUAGGAGCUAUUGAAGAAGCUGAAAUCACCCUAUCUCCAAAGAAAUAUCACAUUGGAUACCAAUCACUACUAUUGCUAGGACAGAAGGUAUCAAGAUUAGGUCUAUCAACCCACAAGGAAAAAGUUGAUGCUAUCUUAGAGUUGGAACCCCCUAAAAAUGUUCCUACCUUACAGACUUUCCUAGGGAUGAUGACUUAUUUCUCUAGCUAUAUUCCCUUCUACUCAUGGAUUGUAGCGCCUUUGUUCAAGCUUCUCAAGAAAGGAACAGCUUGGUCUUGGGAGGAAAAGGAACAACAAGCAUUUGAACUUGCUAAAGAGGCCCUUGCAUCUGCUCCAGUAAUGGCUUAUCCUAUUAUUGGAAAACCAUACAGAUUAUAUACAGAUGCAUGUGACUAUGGCCUUGGAGGAAUAUUACAGCAAGUCCAAUCAAUCAAGAUAAAAGACCUAAAAGGGACAAAGGCAUACAAGUACUUAAGGGGGGAAUAUGAUAAAGGAAACCCAGUUCCCAGAAUGACAAUUCCUGCUUCCAAGCAGAGAGACGACGUGACUGGGGGGGAUACAUGGGAUAAGCAAGACUUUGAAGAAACAACUGUACAAGUGGAGCGAGUCAUUGCUUAUUGGUCAAGGAUUCUAAAAGAAGCAGAAAGAAACUACUCCCCAACAGAGCGCAAAGCAUUAGCCCUCAAGGAAGCACUUGUGAAAUUUCAGGUAUACUUGGAAGGAGCUGAAUUUGUUGCUAUCACAGAUCAUGCCGCUCUCACUUGGAGCAAGACUUACAAUAAUGUCAACAGAAGACUCAUGACAUGGGGCUUAGUAUUCUCAGCCUAUCCAGGAAUGCAGAUUGUGCACCGCGCGGGAAGAGUACAUGACAAUGCAGAUCCUAUCUCAAGACUUAGGAGGAGAACCCCAUAUCAUACCAGCCCUCUAGCAGACCAAUCAACUCCACUCAAGCUCAACAUGGAGGAAGACCCAUUAAGAAACCUCUAUAAGGAGAUAAAUGAACGUUUUGAAGAGAAACUUCUUAAAGUUGCAAGUGCAUUCACCCAGAGUUACAAAAUUAGAAAUAGCCAGAAGCCCAUCAAGAAGUGGAUACCCACACCGGCAGAAGCUAUCUCUUAUCAAACAACUACAUCAUACUCUGUGGAAAUAUCAAUAAACUCAGAAGAAAUCACAAGGUUCAUAGAAGCAUACAAGAAGGACUCCCAUUUUAAGCAAGUGAUGGAAGAGUUCCAAUCGCACCACAAUCCACUCAAUCCACCCUUCCAUCAAUAUCAGAUAGGAGAUAAUGGAUUGAUCUACUUUAUAGAUUCCCAGGAAAAGUAUUGGCUAUGUGUACCUAGGGAUCUACAAGUAGAUAUUUUGAAGGAAAAUCAUGAUAACCUCAAUCAAGGAGCACAUGCUGGUUAUGCUAAGACAUAUCAUCGAAUUGCUUCUAUUUACUAUUGGCCUAAGAUGGCUAGAAGCAUUCAGAAAGGAUUCCUUCAACCUUUACCUAUUCCACAGCAACCUUUUGAAGUAGUAUCAAUGGACUUCAUCAUGGAUCUUCCACCAAGUAACAACUACAAUGCUAUCCUAGUUAUUGUGGACAAACUAACUAAGUAUGGACAUUUCAUCCCAUGUACUACUCAGAUAGAUGAAGUACAAACAGCGCAACUGUUCCAUGAUCACAUAUGGUGUCACUAUGGUUUACCUUGGCAAGUAAUCACUGAUAGAGAUGCUAGAUGGACAGGAGCCUUUUGGGGUCACUUAGUUAGUAUGUUAGGAAUUCAGCAAGCACUCACCACUGCACAUCAUCCUCAGAGUGAUGGACAAACAGAGAUACUUAAUCAAACUACAGAAGUAGCAAUUAGAGUAUUCACUAACCCAGCUAAGGACAAUUGGAGUAAGCUUCUACCAGGAUUUGCGCACUCAUACAACACAGGUAUGCAUACAUCCACACAACAGACACCAGCCUUUCUACUCCGUGGAUUCCAGCCUCUAACAUCAGCCAACUUACUGGCUCUCACUUCUGAGAACAUUCCAAGACCAGCCCAAGAAAGUCAAACAGCUGAAGAAUUCAAGGAAUCCAUGGAAUUAGCACAAUCACUAGCUAAGGACGCUCUCAAAGUAGCUCAGAAUUAUCAACAGAAAUACUAUAAUUCUGACAAGACACAUGUUACCUUUGAGCCAGGAGAUUUAGUAUUAAUCAAUCCCCAUUCCUUAAACUUACUCAAACAUCAGUCAGGGAAAGGGAAUAAGCUAAAUAUGCGUUAUGAAGGACCAUUUGAAGUUAUGGAAAGCAUAUCACCAGUAGCAUAUAGGAUAAGAUUACCUGCUAGCUAUUGCAUACACCCAAUCAUUAACAUAGCACACUUGGAAUCUUACAAGGCAUCACCCCCAGAGUUUGGAAGCCAACCCACUCAGAAUAUACCUAGAGAGGACUUCCAACAAAUGCCUGAAUAUGAGGUGGAAAAGAUAGUAGAAGAAAGGACAGUCAAGAAGGGCAACAAGAGGAUUAGGCAGUACAAAAUCCGUUGGCUUGGGUACAGCUCAGAACAUGAUAGAUGGAAGACAGAGAAAGAAUUAAGGAAUGCUCCAGAAGUAAUCAAAGAAUGGAAGCAAACCUCUGGCUCCACUAUCCAUCCCAAUCACAAGAAGAAGAAGGAGUUCUAA